AUGGCUAAUUUAAACCCAAUCUUUAUUUCUAAAUGCAGCAUUCCUAGCUGUGAUAAUGAGCCAGUUAUGUCUUGCGACUGUACAAUUCCUAAAUCCUUUAUCUGCGAAGCUCACUUAUAUAAUCACAUUAGGAACGGCAUAAUGCAUGAAAAUUUUACACCAGUUUUGCCUAGAGAAAAGAUCUCAAUUUGCCUCAGCUUUCUAAGAGACCAGAAAAAUAUUCUUCAAGAAAGCAUAAAAACAGUCAUUGACGAUUAUACAAAAGCCAUGAUAAAAAUUAAAAAUGAGCUAGAUCAAGAAAUUCAAAAUUUAACUGAGUCUCAAGAUAAAGUAAACAAGAUAAUUGCAAAUAUUCACAGGAAUUAUUUAAUUCCGAAUAGAAAUAUUAACCAAGAGAUAUUAAAGCUUGAAGUAGACAAAUGCUUGGAUUUUCUUACCCCUUCUGCGGGCAAUAAAACCAUUGGAAAAUCCCUAUUUUUUUGGCAAAAACCCACCAUCAGUAAGUGAACAAAAAACUUUUAAUAUAAAAUUUGUAAUGAAAAGUAUUUUUGAUUUAUAAGUGAUAAUUAAUAUAUGAAAUCUAUGCUGAUUCUUUUGAAUUUCAAGCAACUUUAAUUUUAAUCAUAAGCUUUACAGAUUAAAUUAUUUUUGCUUUCCAAUUUUUGUGAUUUUAAGAAAUUUAGUUAAAAAUUUAUAUAAAUUGUUUACAAAGAAAACAUUAAACCCCUUUAUGAGUGAAUAAAUUUUUUUAACUCAUGGAAGGUGAGGAGUUAGAAGCUCUGAUUUAGUGAAUCGUGAAAUGAAGCAGCAAGACGAAAGAAGUAUGGAAAAUUCUGGAAGCUUAACUGAAGAAUAUCAAAGCAAUAGAGAUAUUAAGGAAGAAGGAAAAGAGGAAGAGAAAGCAGAAAUCCAUCAGAUUGAGAUAGGGAUGCAGGAGGAUGCAAACUUUACUACUAAUAGGCAAAUUGUGCCUGAUACUCAGAAUAAUUAUUUUUGGCUACACUGAAUUAAAAAAUUCUUACUGGUUGAGUGAUUUUUAUAAUAUAAGGAGUAGGAUAGCCAAUAGAAAAUUCGAGAAGAUUUCAACAUGUAUAGCCAGGCAUAUCAAAAAUUAAAAAGAGAAAAUUUUUGUUUGACCACAAAAAAUCAAAAGAUGCUAACUCCCCUCCCCCCCCCCCCCUCCGUGAGCGAACAAAACCAUUAGAAAAAUCGCCAUUUUUUGACCAAAAACCCACCCUCCGUGAGUGAACAAAAAUAUUUUUAAUAGAAAAAAUUUUAAUAGAAAAAAUUUUGCUAUAUAAGUGAUAAUUAGUAUAAUGAAAUCUAGAGCUAAUUCUGUUUAAUUUUAAACAAAUUGCGUUUUAAAACAUAAAUUUUGCAAAUUAAAUUAGUAUUUGCUUCCCAAUUUUUGCAAAUUAGGAUUUUUUUUAAAUUUCGAAAAAAAUAUUUUUUAUAAAAUUUAUAUAUAAAUUGUUUUUAAAAAAAAAAAUUAACCCCCCUCCGUGAGUGAACAAAAUUUUUUUGUUCGCUCACGGAGGGGGGGGGGGGAGUAAAAGAAUUUAUUUUACUUUAUAAGGAUUAUCUCUAUUAUAAGAAAAAAUCAAAUAAUAUACACGAAGGAAGCGAGGAUGAGCCAUCUCCAAGAAAAAUUCAAAAAGUCAAAAUGAACCUUUGCCAUAGCAUUUUUCAUUGAAACACUUUAUACCUUUUACUGCUUAUAAUGCUAUUUUUUUAUUUUUUGAAAAAAAUAAUUCCAGGAAAAUACCCAAGAAUAUUUACUCUAUAUUGGCUUAUUAUUUUUUGAGGAUAAUACAAAAACUCUCCUUAUCAAACAUUUUGACAUCUUUUUAGGUGGAAGCGAAAGAAAAGUACUGGAGAAAAAAGAAUUGGUCUUGCAAGAGCCAAUUGGCCAGCACAUAUCCAUGUGCCAGCUUCCAGAUGAAGAAGUUUUUUGUUUUGGUAAUUGCUAUGACAACAAUUAUACAGGCCUUACUUUUACAGUGCAUAGCAAGAAUUUUACAGUCCAUACACUUCCAAAAGGAACUCCUAUUUAUAAAACUUCAACAUGCUAUUAUGAUGGGUGUGUUUAUGCUUUUGGAGGAGAAAGGCAUGGCAGCAAGUAUAUUAAUUUUGCUGAAAAAUAUAAUAUUUCUGAGGUAAAAUGGCACAGAAUAAAAGAUCUUCCAGUUCCCUGCUCAAAAUGUACUGUUACAGCUUUUAAUGGAAAUAUUUAUAUAACCGGAUGAAAUUAUGACAAGGUUUAUUUAUAUAAUCCUGCUGCAAAUGAUUAUUCACCGAAGCUUGAGUUAACUGCAGGCUUAACUAAAAUACUUUUCUGUAAAAAUACACAGAUUUAUGUUUUGCAAGAAAAAGAAGUAUUUAUUUGAAAUAAAGACACUGAUGCAACUACAGUGAUAAAAAUUGACCAAGACUGGACUACUGAAAUUUCAUAUAUAGUUUGAGACCUCAUUUGGAUCUAGUUUGGAGAUAAAUUAGCAUUAAAUGUCAGGCUUUGUUGCCACUUUAAGCUUCUAAAAAAUAAAUUUAGAAAUUCAGCCAGGUUAAUCAAAAUUUCUAAAUUUGAUAUGGCAAAUCAAAUGCUGACACUUGAUUAGAAUUUUUAUCCAAGCUAGAUCUAAAUGUGCUUGAAGGCUAUAUCUUAUAUAUUAAAUAUUUUUAAAAAUAAUUAAUUUCAUAAAAUAUGCAUAUUAAGUGUGGCUAUAAUUACAAAACUCUAUAUGGGAAAAAUCUUUACUUUGCGUGUGAAAAUGGACAUUGCUUUAAAUACAACCAAAAAUGUUUGCUAACCCCUGCAUUUACAAUUUUUGAUAAUUAA